UGCUGGCUGGCAAACAACAGAAAUCAACAGAAAUGGCGGCGGCUGCAGAAGAUGAUGAUGCCUGGUUGUAUGGAGAAAACGAGAAAGCUGAUGGAGAUGGUACAGUAGAAACCAGCGAAGAUGCACCAGCAACUGCAGAUGACCCCGUACUGUCUAACAAUAAAGAAGAUGAGCAGAAAGGUUCAGAAACGGGGGAGAUUGACCAAGAAAAAGAACCCCACGACACCUCUGUCAGAGAUGAACCCAAGGAGGGUGAGUCGGAAGCUAAGGCUGGGGAAGCAGAAGGUGGCGUCGAGGAGAACAACAACAAUGCAGAAGCAGGGGAGGAAGAUGAUGAUGAUGACGAUGACGACGACGAUGAUGACGUUCAAGUUACCAUCCGGGAUAUCAAGCCGUCCCCCUAUUCCGCAUAUGUUGGACCUGGAGGGGCCAACACGGUGGUGAACCUCAACAUCAAGCGCGGAGGAGCAGGCUAUGUGGGUACUGUGGGGGGAUUGCCAGGUGUGGGCGGCAAGCCCAGCAAGGGCCUCGACAUCGAUGCCGUGGGCACCGUCAACGGAACUCCCGUGUACGAAUUUAACAUCGAGUCCCUGGAAGACAAACCAUGGCGGAAGCCUGGAGCUGAUAUCACGGACUACUUCAACUAUGGAUUCAACGAAGACACCUGGAAGAUAUACUGCGAACGACAGCGGAAGCUGAGAGCCGAAAAUAAUGUCCCCAUGAAGGCAACUCUUCACACACUGGGUGCUGGUAAGGAAAUGCAGCUGCCCAUCCCACCAAUCAAUGAAAACAGCAAAUACACGGUGACGUCAGCCGUGGUGCUCGGAGGCAGUCCAGCACUAAAGAAGGCGGGGCCCCCACCUGGACGCAAGAUGUCAGGAAGUAUCGAUGUCAUCGGAGGAGGAGCACCGUCCCUGCCCAGCAGACGUCCUGGCGGCGCAAAAGAAGGGGUCAUACAGGUGAUCGGAGGUAUUGAGCCAGGAACGAUGCCCAUGACGCUUCCCCCCACCCACGUUCCUCCUCCGGGCUACAUGGGACUGCCACCUGACCCCAGCACCUUGGGCAUGCCUCCUCCCAUGAUAGCUGGUGUCCCACCUCCGGGGAUCCCUUCCAGUUACGACACAAACUUCCCGCCCAGGUUCACCCACCCGCCCCCACCGAUCCCAGGCGGCUCGGACCGACAGUCCUCAUCCUACGACGAACGCUCCUUCUACAACGGAGCCAGUUACGGUGCCACUUACGGCGACGAUAGCAGUUCUUCCUGGCCCCGGGAACGGGAACGAGAUCGGGACAGGGAUAGGGACAGGGAUCGGGAACGCGAUCGGGAACGAGACCGGUCGUCGAGGAGGGAAUACGACGACGAAGAGCGCGGGAGAAGGUACCGCGACUACUACAGAGAGAGAGAUCGGGAUCGGGACAGAGACAGGGACAGGGAUAGGGAUCGGGAGAGAGACAGAGAUCGCAGGGAACGUGGUGAGAGGGGAUCGGAGAGAGGGUCCGAACGUGGGAGCGAGCGAGGAGGCGAACGUGCGGCGGAACGAGCAGCAGAGCGGGGUUCAGAGCGGGGCGUAGAACGGGAGGAGUACGAAGAAGAAAAGUACGAAAGGGAGCGCAGGCAUAGGGACUAUCGAGAUAAAGAGGAACGUCAUCGGUCCUCACGAAGGAGGCACCACAGGGACGACGACGAUGAUGAAGAGAGAAGGUCCAAGCACAAACACAAAAGGUCAAAGAAGGAACGGACGGUAACGGAGGAGGUUGAGGCUGAACCCGAACCUCCGCAGGAAGAACAGGAAGAGGAAAAAGGAGAAUAGUUGAUGCGCACCGCAAGCAUCCCACUUUCUGGUUCCAGGGCUGGGAAAACAUGGCGUUACUAUCUGUUAGAAGACGUUCAUAAAGGGGCGUGUGUUACCGAGAUGGCAUGGAACAGUUGGUGUUCCUGCUUUUCUUUAUAAAUGUGCUGUACAUUUCUUUCUUCCUGUUGCCAUUCAUAAAAUUUGUGUUCUCACACGUAUGAAUCAUGAUCACUUGAGUUUUGUACUUGAUCAAUUUGCAACUCUGUAAUAAACUCCUCAUCCUGGUG